AUGGUUAUCGAGGUGGAAAAACUUUCUGAUGCCGAGUUGAAAUCAGAAUUGGUUGCAUUUGGUGUUAAUGUCGGGCCAAUCACCGGAACCACGCGGUCCUUGUUCGAGAAUAAGCUUAGAAAGCUUCGCUCUGGUGGAGCUACACUCAAUGCCAAAGCGAAGGUAGUUAAAGUUUUGAAAAAAAAAAGUUCGUAACUGUCAACUUAUCUUUCAGACACCUGCACCGGUAAAUGUAAUGGUCGCCAAGCCCGUGACGCCUCCGUCGCCUUCCAGAUCUCGCGGAAGACCCAGUACAGCUUCGAAUUUGAACAAAAGCACUACAUAUCGACGUGGAAACAAGUCGGAGGUCGAAGGUUUUUCUUUGAAAUUUUUACGAAUUUAGUUGGAAAACUGAUUUUCAGAAGAAGAUGCCGUAGUCGAAGCGGAAAUUGCCGCUGAGAGACGAGCAGAACUUCUGAAGCACAUUUCUCCGAAGAGAGCAGCCGUAGUUCCGUCAAAACCCGUCUUUGUUGCAGAAGCCGACAAUUCGCACGGCUUCUCCAGACCAAUAGCCACUUCAAGGUAUGUUUCGUGGAUUAUGAGGAAGCUUAUCAUAUUCACUCAGUAAACCACUGGAUUCUUCUAUUGGCGAAAGGUCUUUAUCGUCACGAAACUACUCCUCAUACACCUCUAACUACAGUUCGUCUGGCGAUCGACCUGGAGGCACGCCUCCAAGAGCUCCCAGGUCAAUUUUUGCGUCUGCAGAUGUCUCUAACAUGUAUGUAUCUUUAGAACCAUGUUUUCCAAUGUUGCUACUCCAAAUAACUCCCUGAGGUACGGCCUCGGAACGGCGAGUUUCACUGCUCCGAAGCUCAGCUCGGACUACGUAUCAAAACGAAGUAAGGAUGAAAGUAUGUUGAUUCUUGUCGCAGUAGAUGGCAAGUUUUACAUUCAGACUACUUCCAUGAUUUGGGUGCUACAACAGCCGAAGAAGAUGACGACGAAGAUGGUUUGGAAACCAGCCGUGUUAUUUACUCAAAUGAGGAUGUUCGACAGCGGAACAACAAGAAAAACGGUCUCAUUGGUAGAGCCUGGGAUAAAGUUUUGGGAAAGAAUGUUAGUUGGUUUAAAAAAAAAAUCGAAUAAUUAACUAUAGGCCAAUACAACGGCGAGCUCUCGAUAUAAUCUGGUCAAAGACGCGAAAACAGGAAGGUACGAAGCUCAAGUGACUAAAGGAUUCAGGUAGGUGUUUAGGUUGUUCAACGCUCAAUGGAAGAAAUGUUCGAUAAAAUUUAUUUCAACGGUUUCUGUUGUUGCAGCCUUAACGAGACGUUACGAAUCUGUUUUGUGACUCUUUGCGUGAUGUUUGUCGUUUUGACUGUUGCGUUCGCAGUCACCGACCAGAGCCAAACUGCGUCGAAUCCUAUGUCCGUCGUCACAGGUAAAAUUAUUGAUCGCAAUUUCCAUCAUCACUUAUUUUUUCAGGAGCUUUCCGUAGUACUGUCGACUUUUUCUACCGAUACACAGUAAUUCCCAUCCUAACUGUGGUUUUAGGUUGCAAACUUGUAAAUUCUAGAAUUUAUUGUGAUCUUUGUAGUAGCCUUAUUUGGCGGCGGUGCGUACUUCGGUUAUAAGCAGUACAAGGAAACUCAAGAGAAACAAGAGGAAGAAAAACAUCAGCUCAUCGAGAAGAUUUUGAGUACGUUUUUCGUUCUUAUCUUUUCAAUAUUAGGUGUCAUUUAGCUUUAAUUCGCGAAUCGUCAGUGGAAGGGGAGCCGUACGUUUCACAGCCUCACAUCCGAGACCUGCUUUUCCCGCCAUCUAGAAGGUUUUUUUUUAAAUAUCCAUGCAGACCGAAAUCAGGGAACGAUUUCCUCAUAACCGCUUCAAAAAAUAAGAAAGUUACAGAAGAAAGGCGGAACUGACCAUGUGGCAGGCGGCCGUGCAGUUCAUUGAUUCGAACGAGUCCCGAGUUUCUACAGAAAUCCAAGUUCUGCCCUCUGGAAAUGAAUGUGCGGUUUGGAGAUGGAUCGGAGGACACCAAAAGAAAAUUUGGUAG